AAUAUCAAUAAAAUUGACGUAACCUCGCAAAGACAGUCAGAUUGUGUCAAGCUAAAAAAAUAAAUUUGACAUAGAUAAACAAAUCAAAACAAAAUAAUUAAUUUAAAUGUUAUUAAUAAAUACUAAAAUAAGUACCAAUGAAGUGAAUUAUUUUUUAUUUUCACGUAAGAACGUAAAUGACAAAACAAACUUUAAAAUGAGUGCACACAAAUUUUGUGGUGCCUUUUUAAAACUGGCAUUUAUUUAAUAUGUUUUUUUUUUAUAACUAUAUGUAUAUUGUUUACUUUAAUACUCAAAAAUAGUUGCUAUUGAUGUAAGCAUGUCAAUAACUUGUGGGAGUAUAGUACGUCUUUUUCGUCGCAGGAUAGUACUUGCUUUAAUAUUUGGUCUCUCACUGACUUACUGUGCAAUAUCAUUAUUAUCAUCUCACGAUAAAAUGGGAGUAUCAAAAGUUCAAUUUGACGAUAAUGACAAUAUGAUUGUUGACAAUGAAGAUUUACCACUAGACGAUGAUCUAGAUGAUGACACAUCAGGUAAAAAUAUUCCUUGGCCAAUUAUUGUGGGCAAUGAUGACGGUAUAGUUGAUUCUAAUAAUCAACAGCUUGUUAACACUAAUGAAACUGAAAAUGUUACCAAAAACUGCCGUAAUUCUGUUCAGGGAAAAUCAUUGAUAGUAGAUGAGCGAGGAUUUGUUUGUAAACGUCAAGAGCUUCUAUCAACAGGCUGUUGUAAAAAUGAACAAGAAAAAAUAUCAGACAACGGUGAUAAUUCUUUAGUAAAACGCGAAAGAUACAGCUGUGAAACUUGUAACCCGCAAGGAUGCUGCGCUAUCUAUGAAUAUUGCGUUUCAUGCUGUUUACAUCCAGCUAAAAGAAGAUCAAAAAAAGAUUAUCAUGGUGCGUCAGGACGCCACGACAUCUCAAAGUCACGUAAAAUGGAAGAAGCUGUCAAAUUGCGAUUACGCAAUCUCGACCGUUUUCAAUUAUGUCUUGCUGUAUGUCGCACGUCAAGUGCCAGCGUAAGGCAUGAAAAUACAUACAAAGAUCCAGAUUCAAAACAUUGCUACAUAACGUUAUUACCAGCGGGCAAUAAUGUCAAUAAUCAAAAUAAUCAACGUAAUUCAUUACUAAUCAAUCAUAAUAAUAAUAAUAACGACGACAAAGGCGUCAUUACUUCUUUUUCUACAGUUUCAUUAUUUAUCCCAAAUUCAACUAUGUCCUGCGAUUAUCCUUUUUCAUAUAAUACAGACAAUAUAAAGUCGACUCUCGAUAAUUUGAAACUCAAGGGACCAGAGAUAAAUUUCAAAUUAUCAAGAGUUCAAAAUAACAAGUGUUUAAGUAACCACGAGGGGGAGGGGCGACUGAACGAAAUGAGAAUUUGAUCAAAAUUCGUCAUUUAUUAUUUCUAUAUUAU